GUAAUUUAAAUUAAAAUAGGUUUUCUAUACCUAAAAAAUUCAUAUUUUUAAGGUCCAGUAGUAUCUCAGGACUAGAAACAGAUUGCUGUAUGCUGGCUGAAAACAGGGAUUCUCACCCUUUUCAGUGAUAAAAGUUUCUGUUUCUAGCCCAGUCAAGAUGCAUGUUAUUACACCAUGCGCCAAUCACUGGUCCAGGACUGAAUGUUACCUAUCACUGGUCCAGGACUGAAUGUUGCCAGGCCUGGGCCUCAGACUAGCGUAAUUCUUGGGGGAGGAAAAUUCUUGGUUUGUUUGUGGCUUCUUUUUUAAGGCGUUGUUUGAGGCUGCUUUUAGAUUUGGAAGGUUAGUAGUAGUUCCAGGGGAGAUGGCUUAAUGGGCACAGAGGGCAGGUCAAAAUUUUAUCACUUGGUUCUGCAGUUUAUCACACGGUCUCUCACCACCACCUACUGUGAUGUGUGUGACUGGAGUAGACACUCGUCUUUAAAAAAAAAAUCACAUGCUUUGCAGCAGUAUUUUACAUCUGUGAAUUUUUUUCUUGUCAUCAAUUCCUGUGUUUUCUUCACGAGCAAGCUAUUAUUUUCCCACACAUCUUAAUCCUUGUUUAGGAUAAGGAACAAAUAAUUGGAUUGGAUGGAUACAAUUUUCUUACUGCCUCUUUACAUACAUGAAUCAGUGUGUUAAAUUAGCCUCAUUUAAGAUGAAGUUCAGUUCCAGUUCAGAGGUUUGUUAUUAUAGCUCCUCUUCUUUAAUUCCAAAGUACAGCAGCAAGCAAUAGACAAGAAAAUAAACAAACCUUUGGGACAAACAAGCUCCACCACCUAUCAUAUGUACUUUCAGAGGUCACACAGUUCCUGUAAUGGCAGGAUUCCAGCUUACCCUUUGGCUCUUGCAUCAGAUCACUACAAAAGUUUUUUUCUCCUGCUGAUAAUAGCUCAUCUUAAUUAAUUAGCCUCUUACAGUUGGUAUGGCUACUUCCACCUUUUCAUGUUCUCUGUAUGUAUAUAUAUAUAUCUUCUUAGUAUAUGUUCCAUUCUAUGCAUCCGAUGAAGUGGGCUGAAGCCCACGAAAGCUCAUGCUCAAAUAAAUUGGUUAGUCUCUAAGGUGCCACAAGUACUCCUUUUCUUUUUGUGGAUACAGACUAACACGGCUGCUACUCUGAAACAGAACGUAGAUGGCAUUCAUCAGGAUUUAAAAUGUUUUGGUCUCUGCUGGAGGUCAUCAAAUGCAAAGCAACUGAAGAAACAAAGGGAUUGCUGGCCCUGUUAGACCAGGCAGCAUAAAGUGUUGUGGGGGAAAAAAUUAAAAUUGGUGACAAUAUCAGUCAGCAAGAGAUGCGGACGCCACCAUUAAUUUUCCUUCAUAGUCUUGCUGCUCACGUGAAAACCUGUGAGAUCUUACUUACUCUAAUCCUGCAGUUUAUAGCAAAUGCAUGGACUGCUGCACUGGCAUGGAGCCCUUGUCCUCAACAGAAAACUAUUCAGGUGCAGAAGCCCGCCUGUGCUCAAUCAGUUGCAGGGUUCAAUUCCUAAAAUGAGGAACUCAGUGGUAAACACACCGAGCACCACUUGAAAUAAAUCUGGCUGCAGCUGCCACAGGAUUCUUCCACCCAACGUCUAAGGAGUGCAAAGCUAGGGUUAGUAACUUGCUCCUGUAAGCAGGGAGGACCAAUAAAACCGAUAAAUAAUGAAGGGCCAGAACCAUUGGAAGGAUACCUGUAAUAGAUGUAAACUCUUUGUGGGAGGGACUGUCAUGAUGUUCUGUGUUUGUACAGUGCCUAGCACAAUGGGGUCCUGGUCCAUGACUGGGGCUCCUAGGCACUAUGGUAACACAAAUAAUAAAUAAUAUCACCCUAAUAGAAAGCCCCCCACAUAUAUUUGUAUUUGUGACAAGAACAUGGCAAGGGCAAGUAUCCAAGAAGAACAAAGACAUUUCAAAAGACUUUUCUUCAGUGUCAACUAGAGCCACUAAGAAGUGUUUAAAAAAUAAUUUGAAAAAUCCUUUGCUGUUGAGAAAUAUUAUUUCCCUGCCACUCUAUGCAGAAGUGGGGUGGGAAAUCAGUGUUUUAAUAGAAGGCUAUGGAGAGCUGAUAGACUGGGUAACCCUCCACCUCAGAAAGAGAAAGGACCCAGAGUCUCCAAUAGAAUAUUCUCAAUCCAGAGAAUAUUCCGCACCCCACUCUAUCAGAAUGAACCCUCAAACGAUAGCAAUAACAUCCUCCAGACAAAAGCAGAUGAGGGUGGAUGUUCAUGGCACAUCCUAUCAACAAUAGUGGAUUUAUCAAUAGACUCCUGAAGGCUUACUCAAGAGGACAGUCAGGGACUUCAAUUAAAUGAUAGAGUGGGUCCUUAAAUCCUGCAAUGAUUCAUUUCUAGACACCACUGACCCUCUAUCAAAUAUGUUUGAAAUGGAAUGAGACUCACUUGAACCAGGAGACACCAAACUUCUGUAGCUCCAGAAAUGGGUUGAAAGGAUUAUUUGGUUGCUUAAAUUGGUUAAACCAAUAAGGUCUUGGUUUUAAAGAGAAAAAAAUAGCAUUAACAAAAACUUAAAAUUGGAUAUAUUGGUUGUAAUAGAUCAUACAACGAAGUACUGAGAGCUUCUAAAUGAAGACACCAAGGGCCAGAGGUUGUUGAUGUAACAACAGAUGGAACUUUUGUCAUCUUUUAGGAUUAGGUUCUAGGAGUCUGACUAGGUGAAAGAUACCGUCUUGAGGUAAUCGAGUUCCAGACUCAUCAGCUGAGGGAGUUUAAAUAUAAAUGCAGCUGAAGUAUGAAGCAGCUAGAUUGUAUUUGAUGCUUGCUGCUUUGAGUUAAUGAAACAUAAGGAUGGUCAUACUGGGUCAGACCAAUGGUCCAUUUAGCCCAGUAUCCUGUCUUCUGACAAUAGCCAAUGCCAGAUAUUCCAGAAGGAAUUAAUAGAACAGGUAAUAAUCGAGUGAUCCAUCCCCUGUAGCCCAUUCCCAGCUUUUGGCAAUCAGAGGUUUAGGGAUGCCCAGAGCAGGGGGUUGCCUCCCUGACCAGCUUGGCUCAUACCCAUUGAAUGGACCUAUUGUCCAUGAACUUACCUAGUUCUUUUUUGAACCCAGCUAUACUUCUGGCUUUCACACAACAUCCAUUGGCAAUGAGUUCCACAGGUUGACUGUGCAUUAUGUGAAGAAGUACUUCCUUAUGUUCAUUUUGAACCUGCUGCUUAUUAAUUGGGUGACCCCGGGUUCUUUUGUUAUGUAAAGGGGUAAAUAACACAUCUCUGUUCAUCUUCUCUACAACAUUCGUGAUUUUAUAGAUCUCCAGCCUAUCCCUCCAUCGUCAUUUCUUUUCUAAGAUGAACAGUCCCAGUCUUUUUACUCUCUCUUCAGGGGAAGGUGUUCCAUACCCCUGAUAAUUUUUGUUGCCCUUCUCCACGUGUUUCCCAACUCUAGUACAUCUUUUUUGAGAUGGGGCUACUAGAACUACAUUAAAUGAAGCGUUCACAGAGUCAGACCCAUGGAUAUUAGAGACUGAAGUGUUAGUUACCUAAGGGAGUUACAAUUAUGGGAGAGCUGACAAGUGGUAGGACCUCUACUCCCCCUAUUCUAAAUUUCUGGUCGGGGAAAAACACAUCCCCACUCUUUUUAUUGCCAAGAUAGCCUUUCAAAUGUAAAAAUAUCACCAUGCUGGAGUUUUUCCUUUAAAAUAAAAACACCACGAGCGAUAAAUGAUUAUUUUGAGGGGGCAAGGAGAAGGAGUCAGUGCCUUCACACUGUGGCUCUUAUCACCACCAUCAUAGUUGCUAGACACUAAGAAUUACACUGAGUUCUUCGUAGUCAAGAGCCAGCAUCAACAGCAGCUCAACUGGGGGAUGGCUAGGGAACAGAAAAAUCUUCAUUCCAUUCGCAUCAUUUUGCUGGGCUCUCUCCUUAAGCAGUUUUCACAGUAGUACCACAUAGAGAAAUUGACAGUAGCUCUUAGCCCUGGUCUACACUAGGACUUUAGGUCGAAUUUAGCAGCGUUAAAUCGAUGUAAACCUGCACCCGUCCACACGAUGAAGCCCUUUAUUUCGACUUAAAGGGCUCUUAAAAUCGAUUUCCUUACUCCACCCCUGACAAGUGGAUUAGCGCUUAAAUCGACGUUGCCGGCUCGAAUUUGGGGUACUGUGGACACAAUUCGAUGGUAUUGGCCUCCGGGAGCUAUCCCAGAGUGCUCCAUUAUGAUCGCUCUGGACAGCACUCUCAACUCAGAUGCACUGGCCAGGUAGACAGGAAAAGAACUGCGAACUUUUGAAUCUCAUUUCCUGUUUGGGCAGCGUGGCAAGCUUCAGGUGACCCUGCAGAGCUCAUCAGCAGAGUUGACCAUGAUGGAGUCCCAGAAUCGCAAAAAAGUUCCAGCAUGGACUGAACGGGAGGUACGGGAUCUGAUCACUGUAUGGGGAGAGGAAUCCGUGCUAUCAGAACUCCGUUCCAGUUUUCGAAACGCCAAAACCUUUGUCAAAAUCUCCCAGGGCAUGAAGGACAGAGGCCAUAACGGGGAUCCGAAGCAGUGCCACGUGAAACUUAAGAAGCUGAGGCAAGCCUACCAGAAAACCAGAGAGGUGAACGGCCGCUCCGGGUCAGACCCCCAAACUUGCCGCUUCUAUGAUGAGCUGCAUGCCAUUUUAGGGGGUUCAAACACCACUACCCCAGCUGUGUUGUUUGACUCCUUCAAUGGAGAUGGAGGCAACACGGAAGCAGGUUUUGGGGACGAAGAAGAUGAUGAUGAGGUUGUAGAUAGCUCACAGCAAGCAAGUGGAGAAACCAGUUUUCCCGACAGCCAGGAACUGUUUCUCACCCUGGACCUGGAGCCAGUACCCCCCGAACCUACCCUCCUGGACCCAGCAGGCGGAGAAGGGACCUCCGCUGCAUGUGUUUCAAUGAUCACAGGAUCUUCUCCUUCCCAGAGGCUAGUGAAGAUUAGAAAGAAAAAAAAAUGCACUUGUGAUGAAAUGUUCUCUGAGCUCAUGCUGUCCUCCCACACUGACAGAGCACAGACGAAUGCGUGGAAGCAAAUAAUGUCAGAGUGCAGGAAAGCACAAAAUGACCAGGAGGAGAGGUGGCGGGCUGAAGAGAGUAAGUGGCGGACUGAAGAGAGUAAGUGGCGGGCUGAAGACAGGGCUGAAGCUCAAAUGUGGCGGCAGCGUGAUGAGAGGAGGCAGGAUUCAAUGCUGAAGCUGCUGGAGGAUCAAACCAGUAUGCUCCAGUGUAUGGUUGAGCUGCAGCAAAGGCAGCUGGAGCACAGACUGCCACUACAACCCCUGUGUAACCAACCGCCCUCCUCCCCAAGUUCCAUAGCCUCCACACCCAGACGCCCAAGAACUUGGUGGGGGGACCUCCGGCCAACCAGCCACUCCACCACAGAGGAUUGCCCAAAAAAAAGAAGGCUGGCAUUCAAUAAGUUUUAAAGUUGUAAACUUUUAAA